UACAUAUUCAAAACACUCACUCAUUCAAUAUAACUACCACACAUUACAACAAGACGAAAUAGACCAACACCUAGUUCUAACUUACACAUACGUCUCUUAUUAGUUCCUUGCCCCUAAGACGUGAAAGCAAUCCACAAUAUUUAGAGAUCGAGUUUCAACAUCACGUAAACCAACCAUACCUAACACCAAGAUCCCACAUAGCAAGCUCAUGCACGUAAAAACAAGUCCCCAUUCCACGCACCCGCAUCACCAUAAACAAACAAAACACAACACAACCAAAUCCAACUCAACCCCAGACAACCACAACAACACCUCCCCCACCAACAAACAAACAAACAAACAAACAGCACACAAGCCACAAACCCAGCCCAUCCCCCUCAUAUUAGCACCUAGAUGUAUCCGCGCGCCGAUAUCCAAUACCGCCAAGCAUACACACCUUGUACUCACACUCGUCACCAACAGCCAGUGCAGAAGCAGAGAAAAGUCAUGUCGUAUCUUCGCAAUAAGGGAAGAGGAAAAUACUAUCUGCUCGUGCCACUGUUUCCUCUUCCGACCUCCUCAUCCUCCCAGUGUUCCCCUACGCAGUCGUUUCUGAAUCCAGCCUUCAUACGAGACGCAAUACGAUUGUCAGCUUUUUGCACACGAAGAUACAAUAUAGCUUAUAUAGUAGAAAACAGCCUGCUAGCAGAAAC